UCCUCUCAACUUGCCUGUGGUCUAUUUGAGCUUAGUUUAGGCUGGCAUGCUAGUGAGUGGGGACUUGGGAAAGAGAGGAAGAGGGACGCCGGUUUCCCCUCAGAGAUCGCCCUGUAGUGGUGGGUGCUGUCCUUGCAGGUUCAGCCAUGGUGUUGUUCCUAGCACAGAGACUUAUGCAGCCUGUAAGGGGCAUGUGCAGCUUUUCAGAUUAAAAGGACAUACAUUAAAGGUUUUUAACUGAGAAACUGAAUGCUAAAGACUGCAAGUUUUGUUUCUUUCGGAAUUUGUCCAUCCAGCCUGUUGAGCAAAGGAAGAUUCCAAACCGGUACCUAGGUCAACCUAGCCCUUUCACACAUCCACAUCUUCUGAAACCAGAUAAAAUGUGGUUGACAGAUUAAAUCUGCAGUUCCGAGAGAGAGAAUUUUUCCUUGGAGCUAUUAGGAGAAGUAACACCGGGGUUGUCGCAAGUGGAGUAUGCUCUCCGUAGGCACAAGUUGAUGGCUCAGAUACACAGCGAGGUGCCAGGCAUGGACCACACAGUGAUUCUGCUAUCCAAUCCUACCUACUACAUGAGCAAUGAUAUUCCAUACACCUUCCACCAGGACACUAACUUCCUGUAUUUGUGCGGGUUCCAGGAGCCUGACAGCAUCUUGGUGCUACAGACUGUGCCUGGCAAACCUUUGCCAUCCCACAAAGCUCUAUUGUUUGUCCCACGGCGGGAUCCAAGUAGGGAGCUAUGGGAUGGACCACGGUCUGGCACAGAUGGGGCAGUGGCUCUCACGGGCGUGGAUGAAGCAUAUACCAUAGAAGAGUUUAGGCACCUGGUGGCUAAAUUGAAAGAUGAAUCUAGCAUGGUUUGGUAUGAUUUUGCUAAACCUGUGCAUCCACAACUCCAUUCUGAUUACUUGCUACACCUGGCAGAAGUCAAAGCUAGAAGCAAGAAUCGUAUCCGAGCAAUCAGGCACUUAGUGCAAAACCUACGACUGGUUAAAUCUGCUGCAGAGAUUGAGAGAAUGAAGAUUGCUGGCAAGGUGACAUCACAGGCGUUUGUUGAGACAAUGUUUGCAAGCAAAUCUCCAGUGGAUGAAGCAUUUCUGUAUGCUAAGUUCGAAUUUGAGUGCCGGGCUCGUGGUGCUGAUAUUUUGGCUUAUCCUCCUGUGGUUGCAGGUGGCAACAGAUCCAACACCUUGCAUUAUGUGAAAAACAACCAGCUCAUCAAGGAUGGAGAAAUGGUUUUACUGGAUGGGGGAUGCGAAUACUCUGGUUAUGUAAGCGACAUCACCCGCACUUGGCCCAUCAAUGGCAGGUUCACCAGUCCCCAAGCAGAAUUGUACCAGGCUGUACUGGAAGUCCAGAAGUCCUGCCUGAGACUGUGUUCUCCAGGCGUGAGCCUAGAGAACAUUUACAGUCUCAUGCUGACCCUCACUGGACAGAAGCUGAAAGAUUUGGGGAUCCUACAGAAAAGCACCACCGAGAACCACCUCUUCAAGGCUGUUCGGAAAUACUGCCCUCACCAUGUAGGACAUUAUCUGGGAAUGGAUGUUCACGACACCCCCGAUGUAUCUCGAUCGAUCCCCCUCCAGCCAGGCAUGGUGAUCACCAUUGAGCCAGGCAUCUACAUCCCCGAGGAUGAUGUGAGUGCCCCUGAAAGAUUUCGUGGCAUUGGUAUACGCAUAGAAGAUGAUGUUGUAGUGACAGAGAACACACCAUUAAUCCUGUCUGCAGACUGCCCAAAGGAGAUCUAUGACAUUGAGCAGGUUUGUGACUGCCGCCCUUGACUGUCCUUCACUGCCUUUGACACCUUGCUCAGGUACAGAUCAAGAAAUAUGCUCUCCCAAACAUUAUGUAGUCCUUUAUAGACUUUAUAGUGUAUUUAUAGGAUUUUUAGAGUGGUGCCGCUGGAAAAAUGUUACCUGCAGGGAAAUGUGUGUAAAUAUUCUUGGACAGCAUGAACAAAGUAUUUAAGUGGGGAAAAUGUAGUUCCAUGACAAGUUGUUGACUUUGAUGCAAAUGUUAAAGCAAAUCAGGCACAGAAGCUGGAUUUCACAUCCCACCAUCUGGACUAUUUAUUGCCCCUGUGCAAAUCUUGUUGUCACUUACAGUGAUAUAUUGAAUUGUGGCAUGGUUGUUCCUUAGUUUCUCAGAUUGGGUUGUGGGGGCAGAGCUGGAUUUCGGCUUCUGAUGAGAUUUGCCUUUGUUUUAAUUUCAAAAGCAGGAAAAGAGUGUUCUUUCCUUUUUCUCCCUUGCAAAAGGUGGUCUUUUGAAGGCAGCAGCGCAAAUGCUCCAGCUGAUGAAUAAAAAACCGAGAGACAAAACCUUAACAUUUAAGUAACAUUUCUUUCUUUGAAGGCAAAAGAAGAGCUUUAGCUUUAGGAAGUGGUGUCAAAGUCAUUCUGUGAAUAACAACUCACAACCCAAUCCAAUGAAAAUGUGGUGUGCCUAAGAGCAUUGAUAUAGUGAGCUUAAGCAGACCUAACUUUUAAAUCAGUCAAUACAAGGCAUACAAAUGAGAGUUUUAGGUGUAUAAGCUAAUUUGGUGGGCUUGCAUGUAGUUUCACUGAGGAAGCUUGCCAUGGGGUUUGGGUUACUUUUUUCUAUACGUUUUCUGCCUCUUUUUCCUUGGUUCUUUGAAGAGUCACUGGCAAGGACAUUCUGGAACUGUUUGUAUUUAGGGGUAGAUAACCAAGUACAUAAUAUGUGCAUUUUGCAUUCAGUAUCUUAGAACCUAACUUUCCUUCCCUGAAAAGGGCAGAAUUCAUUCAUGUUCACAGAAUGAGAUUUUCUGACUCCUUCUAUUUAUAGCCCACUGAAUCCUCCAAAAAUCUUCUCUUUAGGGUUGUGGGACUAUUGGGAAUGUUGUGGGUCAUGAUGCAGAGAGCUGCAUUGGGAGUGGGGAAUUUGCGGAAAUCUCAUCACCACCUUUAGAAUAUAAGCCAUGUUUAAGUUUCCUUGGCCAAAUACAGAGAGAUGGUGACCAGGCAAUGAUAAAUUCUCCACUUCCCUAUUUUUUCCCUGAGAAAUGCAGCAAUUUAAAUGUGACUGCAUCAUUCUGAACUAAUGCAAGGUAUCAGUAUUUUGUAAGUGGGUAUUCAUACCCAAUGUAAGGCAGGAUGCGAUCCUUAGAUAAAUGUGAUUUUUUUUAAAGUUGUCUUGCCUGCACAAGAUCAAAAAAUGAAAACUAAUGUGAAUGAGAUUAAAGCAAAGUUUUGUUUUAGUUAGAUCAACAGAAAUAUUUUACAUUUGAAUGUAAAGGAGAAAAUGUUACAGAAUUAUCCAGCAACCAGACUUUGUCUGUGUAGCACUUUUUGGAUCUCUGAAUGAGAUAUUUUAUAUUUGUAAAGAGUAUUAUUAUAAUAUAUAUAUUUAUAUAUAAUGUACAGAAUAUUUUAUUCUGAUAUGAACCAAAAAAAAAUUCUCUAUCAGUAAAAGGUGUCGUUUAAAAACAUUGCUUUAAAACUCUGAUUAUGUGAUUGCCAGUCAGAAGGCAUUCUGCCCAUCAGUGCUCAUCUUCUUGUGAUAGCACUACUGAAAUUGGGACUUUCUAGUUUUCUACCAACAGCAGAAGGUAUGUCCUUCUUUUUUAAAUAUUCUAGACUUAAAUGACUAUGUACAGCUAUGUAUUAUUUUUUGAAAAGGACAACAGCAUCUAAAUUUAAGCAUUAGGUUUUGUAAAAGAAAGGACCUAGGAUGUACAAUUUUUAGCUGCUCCUCUGUGAGGCUGCAGCACAGAAGACACAUGCAAGAAGGCACACUUCAGGAAUCUUAUAUGCUUCUGUUCCAGCCUGAUGCUAGGCUGAUCCUCCCUUAGGUAAAGGCAGCUCAUGUUCCUUUUGCCAUGAUGACUUGUUCAACACCUGCCUGCUGACAUGUUUACAUUUCACUGGUUGCUGUCCACCUGUGGUGGUUGUGGGGCAGGUAGCAGUGAGGGGAAAAGUGAGCUUUACCCCCCUUUGAGAACUGGUGGUAUAAAGAACUUGUAAAGAAGGUUGCUUGGCUGUGUCUCUUUUUGGCCCUUUUGGCAUUAACCAGCUGGAGGAUGAAGUUGGAAGUGUGUGUCUACACUACAGAACAUCAGCAGUUAGGUAGGGGGUGGGAAAUCUUGGUGAUAAGGCAUUAAGAGGCCCUUUAUAAAAAUGAUAAAUUGGCUGGGCAAAAUGUGAGGAUAUUGCCUAGUAGGGAUAAAAUAAUUUCUACAGAGAAAAAAGAUAUAUCUGGGAUCUACAUUUUUCCUCUUAGUUCUCUUUGCCCAAAAUAUUGUAUUACUCCUCUUUUGUUGCAAGGCCUUAUACACAAGUUACUUUAUCUAUUGAUACACUGACUAGAAAGCUAGACUAAACAGUUUAAUUGUAUUUGCUGCAGUUUUUACAGAACUGUGGUCAAAAGCUUGAAGUGGUGUUUUCUGUUUGUUGAAGGAAGUAUUUAGCAAACUUUAGCCCUCUUAUUGGACAUUUUCAUUUACCAAUCUCUAUUUCUACUAUACUCAUUGUUUUAAAAGCUGUAAGACAUAAUACAGAUAUAAAGUACUUACAUUCUAUUUUGUAUGUAAUGUUUGUAGAAUGAAUACAGCUUUCAUGUAACUUAAAUACUGUUACUUUUUGUCAAAUACUAGCUGAAGUCCUUACAGCUUAAAAGAUAUGUGCUACCAAAUAAAAAAAUGUUGUAAUAU